AUGCAGAGUUGGACUAACGAUGAAGUGGAGUUAGAGAUGGAUAUGAUUGAGUCGGUGGUGAAAUCACUGAGGUCUCUCCGGUCACAGUUGGCACCAAACGAGAGGCAUGAAAGGCGAGCGGCUUUUGUUCGUUGCCGCACAAAUGAUGCAUGUGAAGUCAUAAAGAGUCACGAAUUGGAGAUUACAACUCUAGCCACAUUAUCUUCUCUUGAAGUUUUGAGCGAGAAAGAUGACGCACCAUUGGGCUGUAAGGUCGAUGUGGUCAACGAGGCCUUAUCGAUUUUCCUCAAGCAGCAAGGAAACAUUAAUGUCCAAGCUGAGCUCGAAAAAAUCAGGAAGAAAAUGGAGGAAUUACAAAAGCAAUGUGACGGCUUGUCGAGGAAGACGAGUGCCCCAGGCUACCAAGAGAAGGUCCCGAGCCAUAUACGUGAAGUUGACGAGGCCUAG